AUGACCAGCACAGCACAACACAGCAGGGGACAGGAGGUUUCAUACUGAGUCUGUUCUGCAGCUCCGGUCCAUAUGGGAGCAUCCCAUGUGUCCUGCAUGCAGAGAGCCAUGAAUGUCCCUCUUAUGGAUACAUGUCACAUGUUCUGUAUGAAUAAGUGGUGGGGCUGGAGGAUGCUGGGGGUUUCCAUGCUGAUAGAAUUAACAUGAGGAAAUCACUAACCAGCCUUUAUGUCUCUGAUGUGCCUCAAGUGCUUCAUAUUUCCUCAGAAACUAUUUUUUUUUCAGAAUAUGAUUAAUUUGUGGAAUAAGAUCAAUUUUCUUUAUGCUGUGUGUGUGUGUGGCUAUGCAUCGCUGAGCAGUAUGACUGCAUACGUAUGCAGUGAAGACGUUCUACAGUAUAAAGGUUUAUUAGAUGUCCACUCUGGAGAUUGACUGGAGCCCUGUCCUUCUGUAGGAUAUUUUGCACCACAGCAUCAGCUCUGUGAACUGUGUUUAAACCUUUUUGUGUGUGUGUGUGUAACCACCUCCAUGAUGGGCUAAUUGGUUUAGCAGCCAAAGCGCCAAAGGCCAGCCCAGCGUAGCGAGACACAACGUGAACCUGAUGUUGGGGAGGAUGCUUCCAUGCAAUAGAAGGGAAGCAUGUGUGGGACCAAUUCCCCCAUUCUCCCCCAUUAACAGUCUCCCCCUCUCUGCUUUCCUAAAAGGGAAAUAUAAGUCUAAUUCUACAUUUUCAGUUUAGGGCAGAAGCUCAGUAGAAACCUCCAACUGCACUGCGUUGUGGUGAUGCCUGUGCCUCUAGUCUAAUGGAGAUAAUCAUAUCCAUAGCACUAGUGGAUUAUUAUUUGUUAACUCAUCAUUAAAUACAGAUGUAGGAUCUUCAUUUGAACCAGUUUGCUACAGUAGGAAAAUGAUCCUACAGCAACAGGAAAUGUAAAUUAUUAUGUGGAUUAUAAUUAAUGGACAUUCUUUUGUAGGAUUUGACACAUUUCUCAUUAGGGCAAAUCAAGUCUGAAAUUUCAAAGUGGAAAUUACACUUUCAACGUUUUUUAAACCUCAAAUACACUACAAGUUUGCAUUUCCUGCUAUGCAAAAAAAACAAAAGAGUAAUCAAAUUAAGAUCCUACAUCUGUAGAUUAAUAUGAAAUUAUAUUACAGAGUAUAAAAUAAAUGCACUCAUGCUGUAUAAAUAACACUCCUAAUACUUACCCUAGCCGUAACCCUAACUCAUACUAGCAGUAGGUCUUCGGUGAGGCUUGUGGAGCCUAUUUCUGUGGGGAUCUGAUCUAAGGGGAUCGUGUACUGCUUCCAACGCCAUUACUAUUCAUGAGAUAGCUAGGCAAGGGGCUGGGGAUUAGGGACUCCCUCAGUGCUUGUUGUGGUGUAGGCCUCAGGCCUCCUCUGGCCCCCAGGCUCUGGGACAUACAGGGGCUGUCUGGCACUGCUGGUGGUUCUAUUAUCACUCUGAGACCCUUCUGUCCCCACGCUGUCCCCACACUGUCCUCACGCUGUACCCAUGCUGUCCCCACUCUGCCCCCACACUGUCCUCAUGCUGUCCCCACGCUGUCCCCAUGCUGCCCCCACGCUGUCCCCAUGCUGUCCCCGCGCUGUCCCCACGCUGUCCUCGCGCUGUCCCCACACUGUCCCCACUCUGCCCCCACGCUGUCCCCACGCUGUCCCCACGCUGUCCUCGCGCUGUCCCCACACUGUCCCCACUCUGUCCCCACGCUGUCCCCACACUGUCCCCAUGCUGUCCCCGCGCUGUCCCCGCGCUGUCCCCGCGCUGUCCUCGCGCUGUCCCCACGCUGCCCCCCCUUUCCUUUUUUUGUGUCUUCAAUACUUUUUUCUUGGUCCAUGUUUCAAAGUUAAAUGGGUGUUUUUUAAGCUGCUUCUGUACAACUCAAUAAUGUGAUAACUCCCAGUGUUUGCUGCAACUUGCUGGUGCAGUCACUCAAUCCCAUCCAUGUGUUGUUUAGGACCUGGGCCUCUCUAACUCCCCCUCUGUCUCCCUUCUGCCCUCCCCAGGUGAUGAGCAUCCUGAGUAACCCCAGCGCCGUGCCCUCCCAGUCCCAGCAUGACUUCUCCAUCUCCCCCCUCCACGGCAGCCUGGAGUCCUCCAAUUCCAUCUCAGCCAGCUGCAGCCAGCGCUCUGACUCCAUCAAGGGGGUGGACAGCCUGGCCUCCUCCCAGUCCUACUGCCCCCCUACCUACAGCGCCACCAGCUACAGUAUGGACCCCGUCACCGCCGGAUACCAGUACAGCCAGUAUGGACAGAGUAAGUACUGCAUCUGCAUUUAUGUGUAAACGUGAGAAAGUGAGUGUGUGUGAAUGUAUAUGGGGGGGUUGUCCUUUGCCUUUCCCAUCUGACCUCCUCACCAAUACAAGUCUCCUGCAUGUCUUCCACCUCAUAUGAUAUGGUAGUUAGAGGAAAUGGUGCCCACCACCACCACCUCCCGGGCCGAGCUGCCCCAUGACCUUUGACUCCUGGUCUGUCUGAUAAAGGCCUCUGAUUCCCCUCCGGUGCUGCCUGGCUUAGUCACACCCCACUCUGCUCUGCUUGGCUGGGAACAAGGAGAGGGCCACUUCAAAGGCACUAAGUCACCCUGAGGGGCACACUGUCCUCUUAGCCACCCCUGUCUCUCUCUCUCUCUCUCUCUCUCUCUCUCUCUCUCUCUCUCUCACACACACACACACACACACACACACACACACACACACACAACACACACACACACACACACACACACCUCGGGACAGGAAACAGGCUGAUCUAUUAGAUUAACAUAAUUAUUGACUGAUGCUGUCACAACCCUUCAUAAGGGGUAAACUGAAGCACACUUCCCCAGCCAGCCUCCCUUUGGUCCUGUUUGUAUACCAGUGUGUGUUUGUUUAGGUGUGUGUGUGUGUGUGUGUGUGUGUGUGUGUGUGUGUGUGUGUGUGUGUGUGUGUGUGUGUGUGUGUGUGUGUGUGUGUGUGUGUGUGUGUGUGUGUGUGUGUGUGUGACUGUAGUGUUAUUAUCAGCCAGCUUGCAGAGCAGAGCAGAGAGACUGAUGGCGGUGUGGAUGUGAUCUGAUCUGUGGUUAAUUAAGACAGUGAUUGAGCACAGUGGCUGGCUAAUGAAUGGAGGAGAGAAGAGAGUGCUGCUGUCUACUGAUGAAAAUGAUCCGGGAUAGGGAGUGUGGAGGGCAUGAAAUCAGAGAUGCCAAGUGUAAUGAAGACUGGCACACACAAUACACUCUGGGACCAUGCUGACUGACAGCAUGGAGACACUAUGAGGUGGCACAUGCCCCGUGCCAAGUCUGUGCCAACCUCAGACAGGGCAAGGGAGCGAGAUUGUUUUGUUUUCGAAUUAUUUCUCAUUUUACUCCACUUGGUUCUGCCACAACUCAUUUUGAACAGAGUCAGAAAGAGAGAUGAAAUGCCAGUGAACAACAAGGACAGAAAGGGGUUUGUUUUAGGAGUUGUCCACCAGUCAGUGUGUAUGUGUGUGUGUAUGUGUGCGUGCGUGUGCCACAUGCUUGGGUGCAUGUUUGCAUGCGUGCGUGUAUAUUUAUUUGUGCGUGUCGUGCAUGCAUGCAUAUUUAUGUGUGUUUAUCCCUCACAUGUUCACGUGUGUCUGUGUGUCUGUUCUCUCCAGCUGCAGUGGACUACCUGGCUAAGAAUGUGAGUCUGUCCACCCAGAGGAGGAUGAAGCUGGGAGACCACUCUGCUGUCCUGGGACUGCUGCAGGUGGAGACGGGACAGGCCUACUGAAACACCCCGGCCUCCACCUGGCUCCACCCAGUCUAAACUCAACACCCCCCUAACAUACACCACCCUGCAGCCUAACCACUGCACCACUCUCUCCCUCUCCCCACCCUGCAGGCAGUCAGGAUGUGUCCGUGUAUGUCAGUGUCUUUUUGACUCCUGAUUAUGAGAGGACUUGUCAUUAGAACUGCCUUUCCAUGGAUAGCCAACAGGCAGCCCGAUCCUAUACCCCCAGGAUCCUAUACCCCCAGACCCCUAAACCGUGGCUCUGCCACUCCCGUGUGCCCUCCUCACCCCUGAUUGGCUUUGCCCAGACAACCCAGUGAUGAUGGCCCCAGCCAGCAUGGAGAACACGCCCCCUGGGUGCAGGCUGCAGUCCAGCACAACACUCAGAGCCACUUCCAAAUGUACAUUGACCUUGUUGUUUAUAGUAGUUCACUAAGCCAAUGUCAUUCAAAUUAUUAUCACUCUUGUUUUUUUAAAAUCAAUAUUGUUAAUAUUAUUAUUGCUGUUACGAUUCUGAUUAAUGUGAUUCUGUUGCUUUUUGUUAUUCCCUUCAUAGUUAUUUUCUCUGUGGGUGUGAAAUGCUAGCAGAUGACUGAGGUGAUGUGGUGUGGUGCAGGGUGUGUGUGUGUGUGUGUCGGUCCAGUCAGAGAGAGAAGCUGAUUGUUUUCCAGGCUGCUGUUCCUCCACCUGUUCCCUGAGCUCUAAUGUUCCUGAGCGAUUUGACCUUCCCGCUUUCAUAUUCAACUUGACAUUCCUAAAGAACUUGGCCACUCAGUGGGAAGUCUGGCUGUGCGGAUUCUACUGGGAAUUAGCAGAGGUUUGGCGGCCAAUGGCUUCCCCCCUCCCAACAUCCAUCCUUAGCUGUACUCCAUGGGGAGGAGGGUAUUGUUUGUAAAAACAGGAUUGGCGAAAUUAAUGUAUUUGGUUUAGAAAUAUGGAACUUGCCAAGGAGGACUAAACCCCCUACCCAAACCCCAUCUGCCACAGAGCUCUAUAUGACUUUAAGAGAGUAAAGGAGAUUAAACAACACCAACAUAGUGUCAAAGCUCAUUUUAAAUGACCCUACUCAUUACCAGCCAGGUUUUGUAUUUUCUUUGAUUAAUUAAGACAUAAAAGCACAUGUAGCUGUUUACCAUGUUGGUUUGGAGCAAAUGUGCAUUCCUCUGAAACAUUCCUCCAGCAUGGCUGACUAAUGCCAGUCACAUUCCUUCUCUGCCCGUGAUGAGAUUAAGAGUACACAAGCUGUGCCAUUCACAUGCACUUUGUCAAAUCAAAUAAUCCUUUCAAUUGUGAAAGGGCACAGGUAACAGCCCUGGCUGGCCCCCUCUCUGGCUCCGAUCGGAUCCGCCACCUUCUAAUCCCCUGGACAUUCAACUCCUACUUUGACCGACGCACUCACAGAAAUGUACAAAAACAAACCAUUUUUUAAGAAUAGCUAAUAUUAAACAUUUGUGUAGCACUCAUAGUUGACUUUUGACACAAUCUAUUUUGGGCUGAAUUCUAACUUGAACUUUCACACCAAUCUCACAUUGAUAUCCGUGUAUGAUUUUAGCAAAAUGUUUGUAAAAGUUGGAGUGAGUUACAUAUGCAUAUUCCAAAUAAGGAUUUAGCCCUUUGUCGCCUUUAACUGGAAAUUGUACAGUAGCAGAUUGUGAAUUGUUUGUUUAUAAAGAGUAUGUUUUAUACUAAAACAACAACAAUGUUCAGUGGUAGUUAAGCAAGGGAUCUGCGGAAGUCAAGGUAUUUUUUAGUUUUCUUUACUGGUUUCCUUCUGUUGUUUUUGGUUGUGUUAUAUUGUAUGGAUUUCUUUCAACCAAAAUGCAGUGUUCUGCGCCAAGCUAAGUAGGGGAUUCUGUAUAGUAAAUUAGGAGACAAUUCCAUUAAUCUUCCUCAAGUUAAUAAUUGUAUAAACGAGGUUGAUACUCAACUCAGUGGAUUGAGAUUAGUCGAGCGAGAGAGAGAGAGAGAGAGAGAGAGAGAGGAGUAUGAGAGAGAGAAGAGAGGAGAGAGAGAGCAGAAUAUACGAUAGCGAUGAGAGUGAGAGAGAGAGUAAUAGAGAGCAAGAGUCCCGUUGUGCUAAUUCUCGUCGCUCUCGUCUCUCUCUCUCUCUUCUCCGUUCUCGGAGAGACUCUGACAAACUUUUGAUGGUGACAGAUGACACCUAGUAUUCCACACCUACAAGUGCGAGCCCGGACAUUUGGAAUGAGUAUUCAUCCGCACUGCUUCUUAUGGAUCAUGAUCCGAGUGCAAACCUACUAGUGACCAUACACAGCUAUCCUGACUCUGACCUCUCUCAUGUGAACCAUUGUCCAGUGGUUCAGCAGCCCCAGCUUUGAAAUGGCCAUGAAGUCAUGGGGGACCAAAACCUUCGCCUUUCAGGGAAAGAGGUCAGAAUAGGGACGGUGGACGCGACCAGUGUGAGUUUCUCUGGCUAUAAUGUGGUUUUACACAGCCAGGCUCCAGACCACACAUCUCCAGUGGAGAACACCUCAUUGAAAGUAAUGAUGACUGAAGCACUGAACCCAGGCUGGUCUAAAAGCUCUGUUUAAUGAUGCCCAAUUAUUGUGUAUAUAAAAAUUUAAAAAAUAUGUUUUGUUUUGUUUAAAUGCUUCUAGUGUAUCAAAUCCAUUUCUAACACCUGACUCCUAACCUGUUUACUUGCUUUAUGGCAUCUGUGUUUUGCUUUAUCCCCUUCCUGUUCCGCAUGUGUGUAUAUUACCAUGGUAUAAUUUAUUCUGCUGUAUGAAGUAUUAGAGUAGUGGGAACUUGUAUUGGUAUUUACUACCUUCAGCCUGUUGGUGUGUUUACUGUAACACGGGCGUAACUGUUAUCAAUUAAAGAGCUAAAAAAUAUUAAGCGCUUUGUCCUUUUUUGAGGUUUCAUAUCAGUUUGAAUACAAUAUGAAGGUGGCAAAUAAAGAUUUCAAAUUGGUCCUUUUUUAUGUAAGAAAAAGUAUGCCCACUGAAGUUCAGUAUUCAGCCUGGUGGGGAUUCAUCUGAACUUUUCACCUCUCUCCCCUACAAUGCACACUUUCUCUGUGUGUAGGACACACGUGUGCAUGCAUGGACACAUGUGUGUAUUACAUUCUAUGGGCCUUUGGACCACCUCUGCUUCCAUCCCAGUGAGCGGUGGGUGAGAGAGAGAGCUGAGCAGUCCCAGAUCCUAGUAGAGAGAGGUGCUAGCUGAGGGAGCUGGUCAGGGCUGCUGCAGAGCACAGCUGUAGGAAGUCAUUCAUUCUGUACACUGUCCAGCUAUGAUCUCCUCUCCAUCCCUGUUGUCUGUCUGACUGUCUGGGACUGUCUGGGGCCCAUGUGCUAUGCUCUGGAAUGGUGUCUGUUAAUGAUUGCACGCAGUCACAGCAAAUCAUGGCUGUAUGCUAGGAGCACUGAGGAAUCCAUCCAGUGUGGCAUUGGGACUGUCAGCUGUGCUGUAUAUUACAGUCUAGUGAAGCUCCUCUUACCAUUACCACUGUUAAAUGGCAUGUAGAUAGCGCUUUAGGUAUGUCUAAAUUUUAGGAACACUUCCAUAUUUCAGCAGACCAUUAUCUUAAUGUAUCAUGCAGUUUUCUUGAUAGAAACAGAUGGGAAAUAAAUGAGAGGAUAAAUGAGAGUUAUAUAUUGUAAGUAGUGAAAUGGGGAACUCAAGGAUUUAACCCUUAUCUCUGAGGGGCAAUACGUCGUCUGGAUUUGGCAGUGCUACCACUAGACCAAACUGAACUAUCCAUUAUACCUUUUUCAAAAUGCAAUAUUGAGGACAAAUCACCAGCAGGGUAGGCCUACUUUAGAUCAAUUCUCAUACAUGAAUUAACACAUAUUGUUAGUUUUUUUUUAAAACAGCAUACAAUUUCCUACUUCUUUAAAAUACAUUAUGCUGUAUUUUAUGAAAACAAGAUGAAUGGCGUUCUAUGCUAAUUUAUUCUCAUCAGGAAUAUUGUACAUUUAAUUAAUUAAUUUGCAAUUGAAACACAUUAACACACAUUAAUUUAUAAGAAAUGUAAUUAAAAAUGUUUUAUUCAGUGGUUAUUCAAACCUAAAAGUGAAGAACAAAGAAUUCAUUGAAAAUUAGAUGCUCAAAACCUUUAGCUAGAAUCGAACAACAAAGAAACAAAGAAGUUGUUUUGACAAAUAUUCUUAAGAAAGCUAACAGUGUAGAUUGCUGCACAGUUAAAAGGUACUGUAUAUGUGAAUAACAGUAUAUAACUUGAGUAAAAAUUGUAAAUUUGAAAAUCUAUUUCAUAGGAGAAAUAAAAAGAGUUGUGUGACUGAAGUGAGAGAAUUGAAGGUAUUGGUAAUUUGGGGAAUUUAUGUUAAGAUUUUAAUUUAAUGUAUUUAAUUUGUUGAACUAUCAAUUCAGUAAAUUGUUAGACAAGAGGACAGGAAAUUGUACUAUAGUAACAUUUUUAAGAACUGAUACCAGACCUAGUUGUCAUAUAUGCCACUGGACCUCGGUGGAUAGGUCCUGACUUUGCUCCAAUAUGUAUUGUUUUCAGGAUCUUUCCUCAGUGUGUGUCAUGGUCAACCCUAUCCUUCAAAAAUGUGUGUUGUGGUUGUCCAGAUCAAACCUAUGCAUGUGUUCUGAUUGUCCCCUCUGGUCUGACAUGUGGUCCUGAAGUCCCAGCCUGGGACUGUUGUUUUCCUCUGGGCUACUGUCACUCAGAUAGGGACGAGGGCCGAGGUGGCAGCCCCAGCCAGCUGUGGGUGGGAGAAGCUUUGUGA